AGCCUUUCUCGACUCGGGGUCACACUAAGACCUUGCCCCAAUCCAAUCCUCUUUCCCCUCCCCGUACUUCCUCUCACCCUGUCCUUUCUUCUCCGUCCACAAGCUUAUUGUGUCGUUCGACGCGUGUUAUCAACAGGCACGCGAGACUAUAUUAGCUUGGAAGGAUCGUCAGGGAUAUCUUUUCCCGGUAGCGACCGCCUCUCUUGUAUUAUAUGGACAACAGGCCUGCUUCCGAGUACGCGCAGUCAGGUUCGCUCUCACCGUUUCCAACAUCUGCCGCGACACAUUCUGAAUUUACAGCUGCAGACCAGGCUUCUGCUGCUGCCCCUGCUCAAUACACCCCUCAGCCCGAGUCGCGCCCGAACCCUCAGUACACACCGCAACCUGAGGUCCGACCCGGCACUUCCUCCAACACGCCGCAGUCUGACUACAGUCUGAACCAGCCUCCUCCAGCCGCGCGCUCGCCCGCAUACCCGGAGUACCUGGCCCGCCCGCCUCAAUACCACCACGCGCCGAACUCUCAGCCCGGAGGUGCGCCAGGUAUGGCUCAAGCAACAAAUCCCUCGAUUGCGGCCUCCAGCCCAACCUAUCCUCCUCCUUACUCGCCUUAUACGGCUCAAGGCCACGACAUGGCCGCUCAGUAUCAGGGCCACCCGCCGCCUCCGCCGCCUCCACAGAUGUAUGCGCGUCCGGAAUGGUCGCAUGGCUAUCCGCAACAUCAGCACGGUCUUCCUGGACCCUACAGCUCUCCUGCCACAACGGUUGGUCCCGCCUCCCCUGCUACGACCGCAGGGCCGCGCCCUGGCCAGGUUUACUCGUUCGUUCCGAUUCCCGGUGCACAACAGCAUAAGCGACCUCGUCGCCGGUAUGAAGAAAUCGAGCGCAUGUACAAGUGUGGGUGGAAUGGCUGUGAAAAGGCAUACGGCACACUUAACCAUCUGAAUGCUCAUGUUACCAUGCAAUCUCAUGGUCAAAAGCGAACUCCAGAAGAAUUCAAAGAAAUCCGUAAGGAGUGGAAGCAGCGGAAGAAGGAGGAGGAAGCUCAACGCAAGGUUGCCGAAGAGCGCGAGCGUGCCGCAGCUGCCGCAGCUGUUCAGAGCCAGAUUGAUGCUUCGGGCGCGCCAGACCUUUCACAGGGCGGCCAGCCUCCUCAGUAUCCUGGCGGUGUCCGACCUCAAUUACCUCCGAUUGGAUACCAGCCUGCUGAUGGCCAGGCUCCUGGUCAAUACGGCGCUGGUGCAGGUGGCAUGCCUUACCAAGGCAACGGGCAAGUGGGAUACCCUCCGAACUACCCGCACUCGCCGUACGGGCAGAGCGGUCAAGUUUAUCAGCAACGACCGAGCCAUGAACAUGAAAAGAGGGAGGACAACCGCCAGCAAACAGCACCACUACGAGGACGGUCCUUACGCCGAUUGCUAUGGGAAAACCAAUCGACCAGCUACCCGCAAUAG